AUGACCCGUUGCAACUGGUGGAAUCUUGACAUCCCACUGUUCAAAUCCCACCAUCCUUUGUGCUACCAUCAGUUGCAAAUCUGCCACCUCGUGAUCACAUCAUAUCCUGCCGACAAGCCCAUGACCCUCGCCACCCGCCACGCUGCCGCCACCACGUCGUCCUCGUUUGCCGAAGACUUCAAGGUACUCGUCAAGCAGACGCUCAACAGCACCUACGAGCCGUGCAUUGAAGGCGGCGCGUCAUCGCCGCUUGGGCAUCCCGGGAUCGAUAGCACCACCCGCCGUCCCGUACACGACACGCGAUCAGGAUGUAGUCAACCGAUUGAAAUCGACUGGAAUCGACGACGGACACAUUCGUUGGAUGAAUUGGACGCGCGAGACAUGCAUCUCCGCCGAAAACUGCACAGCAGUGACGCCGCCUCAAACGAGUUCUGGACGUGCGGCAGCCCCACAGGCGUCGACGACGACGACGACGACUGCAUCUUCGCCUUGGACUUAUAACCCGGGCAGACCCCUCGUCGUCGUUGUCCCUUUAAUUUAUAACGUGGUGCCAUGUCCUAGUUCAUGCUGCAUCAUGGUUUUGCACGCCUUUUUAACAAAACCCGCCAAAGUUCACUUGAAAU